AUGAUGUUUAAUAUUUACCUUUUCGUCACUUUUUUUUCCACCAUUCUUGCAGGUUCCCUGUCAGAUUUGGAAAUCGGUAUUAUCAAGAGAAUACCGGUAGAAGAUUGCUUAAUUAAGGCAAUGCCAGGUGAUAAAGUUAAGGUUCAUUAUACAGGAUCUUUAUUAGAAUCGGGAACUGUAUUUGACUCAAGUUAUUCAAGAGGCUCUCCUAUCGCUUUUGAACUUGGCGUUGGCAGAGUAAUUAAAGGUUGGGAUCAAGGUGUUGCCGGCAUGUGCGUUGGCGAAAAAAGAAAGCUGCAAAUUCCAAGUUCUUUGGCCUACGGAGAAAGAGGUGUCCCAGGCGUCAUUCCUCCAAGUGCUGAUUUGGUGUUUGAUGUCGAAUUGGUAGACGUGAAAUCAGCCGCCUAG